ACUGCUGCUGCUCCGAAACCGUGCUUUGUUUCUCUCUUUGACCUGACCAUAUUAUGUAGGCUCUGCAGAAAUGUCGAGUCUCUCUCCCCUUGUGGGUGUUAAUACCCUUUGUUGGUAGAGUUUACUGACGUCACGAGGCAAUGGCUGAGCCUGAAACUGGUAGCUGCUGAGUUGAUAUGCCGAUUUCACCUUCACCUUCAGCAGCAGUAUGCUGUUGUGAGAGAACUAACCCUCAUGUUGAUUUGCAGACACUGGAUUGCUAAAUAGGAUGUUGCCGGAAACAACCCAGAGCCACUGAAUAUGCGACAGGAGGGAAUGAAACAGCCUCGGGAAACAGAGGAAGAAGGAACGCAACAGACUUUGGAUUUAUAAUGCGAGAAGCUUUUGCGGGACCCAUAGACACUUUGUUCUCCUGCUUUUGGAUUUAAGAUCAUGUCUGUUCACAUUGUAGCAUUUGGAAAUGAAAGAGGUGGAUAUUCCGAGGAUGAUCUGCAGAGUAGUCUGAUCUGGACCUAUCUUGGAAGAAGUGCUCUUGUUUCAGAGACUGACAACAGUCUGUUGCUAAACUCUGCCAAUUAUCUUAGAAAUCCUUCAUUCAUCGAAUAUCAAGCCCGUGUGUUUGGAAAUGUCAGAUUGGUGGUACAUGACUGUCCUCUCUGGGAUAUUUUUGACAGUGACUGGUACACAUCUCGGAACCUUAUUGGCGAAGCAGAUAUCAUUGUGAUUAAAUACUCUGUAAACGACAAGUCUUCAUUUCAAGAAAUAAAGGAUAUUUAUGCACUGCUGAUUAAAAAAGCAUUAAACCACUGUUCAAUUCCAGUCAUAAUUGCUGCUGUUGGUGCAAGACAAAACGAAGUUCCCUGCACUUGUCCUUUGUGUGUCUCAGACAGAAGGAGCUGUGUUACAGCUUCUGAAGGGAUUCAGCUUGCUAAAGAACUAGGAGCUACUUAUCUAGAACUGCACAGUCUCAAUGAUUUCUACAUAGGAAAAUAUUUUGGAGGAGUGCUGGAAUAUUUUAUGAUACAAAGUCUGAAUCAAAAGUCAAGUGAAAAAAUGAAGAAAAGGAAAAAAACUCAAAAGUGCCAUGAGAUUAAGCCUCCUCAACUUGAGCAGCCAGAAAAAAUGCCCAUCUUAAAAGGUGAAGCCUCGCAUUAUGAUUCCGAUUUACAUAACCUGUUAUUCUGCUGCCAGUGUGUGGAUGUGAUAUUUUAUUCUGAAGACUUGAAGGAAGUAGCAGAAGCUCACAGGAUUGUCCUGUGCUCUGUAAGCCAUGUCUUCAUGUUAGUGUUCAAUGUGAAGCAUCCAGAUGACAUUCAGGAUUCCUCUAUCAUUAGGACUGCUCAGACCCUUUUUGCAGCGAACCAGGAAGCUGUGUAUCCAGUUUCAAACCAAGGCUCAUCGUGCAGCUCACCAGUAAGAGUCAUUGUUAAAGACUCUUUCUUCUGUUCUUGUUUGUCAGACAUUCUGCACUUCGUUUAUUCAGCUGCUUUCCAGUGGGAAUUACUAGAGGAACAUAUAACAAAGAAGCUAAAAGAUCCUGGGAUUGUUGAACUUGUCCUUGAGAAAGUAAAAUGUAUCUUAAAAAUUCCAGGAAAGGUUAACAACUCACGAAACUGCAGAUCUUAUGUGUCAAAAAGACCCUUGCAGUUAUGUAACAGUUCUCUUAGGCUUUUCUUUAAUACAACGGUAUUAGCUGAUGUCAUGUUCAAAAUACAAGGUGCUGUUGUACCAGCUCACAGAGCAGUCUUAGUGGCCCGGUGUGAGGUAAUGGCAGCUAUGUUUAAUGGAAACUACAUAGAAUCAAACAGUUUCCUGGUUCCAGUUUUUGGGAUUUCCAAGGACACUUUCCUCUCCUUUCUGGAGUAUCUGUAUACUGACUCCUGUUGUCCAGCCAGCAUUCUGCAAGCCAUGUCACUCUUGAUUUGUGCUGAGAUGUACCAGGUGUCAAGACUCCAGCACAUCUGUGAGCUUUAUAUCAUCACACAACUACAGAGUAUGCCUAGCAGGGAAUUAGCAUCGACAAGCUUAAGUGUUGUCAGCUUGCUUAGGAAAGCAAAGUUUCACAACUCCGAUUGUCUUUCAAAUUGGCUGCUUCAUUUUAUUUCUUCUAACUAUUUAAUCUUCAGUCAGAAACCUGAAUUUGAAGAUCUUUCAGUGGAAGAACGCAAUUUUGUUGAGAUGCAUAGAUGGCCUUCUAGUAUGUACUUGAAACAACUUUCAGAAUACAGGAAUUACAUUCAUUCUCGGAAAUGCCAUUGUGUAGUAAUGUGAACUCAAAGUUGACCCUUCUUUAUCUUGGAGAAACAGAAAGGUAAUCGCUUCAGGAAUCUUACAACGGCACAAGACUGAAAGCAAAUACUGAAUGUAAAUGCUAUGAAUACAAUAUUGCACUUGCUAAUGA